CAGGCUUGUGGAAGUUCCUAGACCGGGUUUGAACCUGCACCCCAGCGGCCACCCCAGCUGCUGCACGGGAUCCUUAACCUGCUGCGCCACGAAGCAACUAUAUAUACUUUUUUUUUUUUUUUUUGGUCUUUUUAGGGCCACACCGGCAUUAUAUGCAGGUUCCUAGGCUAGGGGUCCAAUCGGAGCUGCAGCCACUGGCCUACACCACACCUCAUGGCAACGCCGGAUCCCUAACCUACUGAGCAAGGCCGGGGAUCGAACCUGCGGCCUCAUGGAUGCUAGUGAGAUUCCUUUUCGCUCAUCCACGACAGGGAACUCCCCGUAUACUUUUUUUUUUAAUGUUUGAGCAAUGUCGUUUUGGAGAAGAGGCCAAGCCUGUGGAGAAGACUGAAAGGGGACUAGUCAGCCCAAACAUGCUAAAGGAACAAGCGCAGCCCAGUUAUACAUGCCCUGCCCCCAACAUGUCUCCAGCUACCCUCUCCUAGAAGAUGUGGGAUCGUCCUGUCUCCAUAGGCUUCACUCCAUCUCCCUCAUCUCCUGCACCACAUGGUGGUCACCCUCUGCCUCCUUCCCUUCUCUCUUGUCCACAAGGACCAUUCUCUUCAUAGCCACCAGAGGGAACUUUAAAUAGCAGAUCACGGCCCCCACCCUUAAAAAACCCUCCAGUUUUUCCCUUCACAUUUGAAACAAAAUUAAAACUCUCCCUGCCCUAUGGCCCUGAUGAUUGCAGCCCCUGCUGACUGCCCUCUGGCACUUGCCCACAGCCUGGCCUGUGCUGUGAUGGACAGUGCUGGCCCAGGGCCUUUGCACCAGCUGAUAGCAUCUCAGAAGCUUUUCUCUAGCUGUGUUACGCAAUCCCAAUGAGGCUCAUUCCUCUACUCUGUCUAGUUGGCUUCUGUGGCAGUAUUUGCUCCCUGCACUAUUGCAGAGCAGUGUCCCAUGCUCCCAGGGCUCAGUGACCAGCAUCUCUCCCAGGACAGGUCCCCUGGCUCUCCCCUCUCUACUCCUAGUCACCAUCUGCAGGCAGCAUCAGAGCCCUGGUGGCUGGGCCUUGGAGGCACCUCAUGAGCUGCUUGCAGUUGCAUCACCUUCAUUAGGGCUGUUUUUGCUUCUUCAUUAAAUUAAAUUCCAGGAAGCAGUGCUAAUGAAAGUCCUAACAAGUCGCAGGAGAGGUUACCAGCCCCAGCCUGUGGACAGCAUGACAGGGGAAGGCGCAGCAGCAAGCUUUGAGAGAGAAGGGGCCAAACCCACUUUAAGACGAAGAAAAGCGGCAGUCCAGAGAGCCUCCGGGGCGCUGUAGAUCCCAAAACAAGUUUAUUGGGUUCAUUAACUUUAACAAAUGACGAAGACACGCCUCCUCUACUCAUCUCGCUCGACUCUCAGAAGCUUGGAGGGCUGGUUCCUGCUUGGCCCGCGAGGUGCACCGGAUCCUCAUCCUCGGGCUACGAGAUCCGCCCGCCCCCGCCGUCGGGCAGCGGAGCUCCAGGCGCUCCGCACCCAAUCGGAGCCCGGCCCCGCCUGCGAUCAAAGCUUCUGUGCUAGGCUCUACCCCUACAGCUAUCCCUUGGCGUGGCUCCGCCUUCAGCCCGCACCGAGUUUGGGCUGCGCCUAACUUCUCCCUCGAGCCAAUCACUGACCCCGGGUCUCCUGUGGCCCCGCCUCCGGGCCCGCCCCGGCCCAGUCCUCGGCCAGACUAGCUCGGGCCCCACCCCCGGCCCGCCCUGCCGUCGGUGCGCGGCGGCCUGGAAGGCACCGCCUGCAGACGCUCGGAACUGCGGACCCGAGAGCUACCCGUAGAGGGCCGGCGGCGGCGGGAGCCGAGUGGGUCGGGCGGGGCCGAGCCGGGCCGGGGCCGUGUGGUGGCCGGGCAGCGGCCGGGCCGGCGGACGGCGGGAUGGGCUGCACCGUGAGCGCUGAGGACAAGGCGGCGGCCGAGCGCUCCAAAAUGAUCGACAAGAACCUGCGGGAAGACGGCGAGAAGGCGGCGCGGGAGGUGAAGUUGCUGCUCUUGGGUGCUGGGGAGUCAGGGAAGAGCACCAUUGUCAAGCAGAUGAAGAUCAUCCACGAGGAUGGCUACUCAGAGGAGGAAUGCCGGCAGUACCGGGCAGUCGUCUACAGCAACACCAUCCAGUCCAUCAUGGCCAUUGUCAAAGCCAUGGGCAAUCUGCAGAUUGACUUUGCCGACCCCUCCCGUGCGGACGACGCCAGGCAGCUGUUUGCGCUGUCAUGCACGGCUGAGGAGCAGGGCGUGCUCCCCGAGGACCUGUCCGGCGUCAUCCGGAGGCUCUGGGCUGACCACGGUGUGCAGGCCUGCUUUGGCCGCUCGCGGGAGUACCAGCUCAACGACUCUGCCGCCUACUACCUGAAUGACCUGGAGCGCAUCGCACAGAGUGACUACAUCCCCACGCAGCAGGAUGUGCUGCGGACCCGAGUGAAGACCACAGGCAUCGUGGAGACGCACUUCACCUUCAAAGACCUACACUUCAAGAUGUUUGAUGUGGGCGGUCAGCGGUCUGAGCGGAAGAAGUGGAUCCACUGCUUUGAGGGCGUCACAGCCAUCAUCUUCUGCGUAGCUUUGAGCGCCUAUGAUCUGGUGCUAGCCGAGGACGAGGAGAUGAACCGCAUGCACGAGAGCAUGAAGCUGUUUGACAGCAUCUGCAACAACAAGUGGUUCACGGACACGUCCAUCAUCCUCUUCCUCAACAAGAAGGAUCUGUUCGAGGAGAAGAUCACACACAGCCCCCUGACCAUCUGCUUCCCUGAGUAUACAGGGGCCAACAAGUACGACGAGGCAGCCAGCUACAUCCAGAGCAAGUUUGAGGACCUGAACAAGCGCAAAGACACCAAGGAGAUCUACACACACUUCACAUGCGCCACAGACACCAAGAACGUGCAGUUCGUGUUCGACGCCGUCACUGAUGUCAUCAUCAAGAACAACCUGAAGGACUGCGGCCUCUUCUGAGGGGCAGCGGGGCCUGGCAGGAUGGGCCACCGCCGACUCUGCUCCCCCAGCCCGAGGAAGAUGGGGGCAAGAGGACCGUGCUCCCCACCUGUCCCCCUGGCCGCUUUUCCCCUUCUUUCCUCUCUCUGUUCUUGGCUUCCACCCUGCCCUGUCCCCUCCCUCAGCUCCAGAGACUUGGGGGAGGGGUUGCCAUAGGCCUCCCUGCUGGAAGCCCGCUCUUGUCCCUAGUGCAGGGAACGGCCGAGGUACCCCCUCCUGGCAUCUGUUCUGGUUUUGACCAUUGUCCUCUUCUGCAAUGAGGGAGGGGAGCACAUGCUGAGUCUCCCAAGGCCUGUAUUUGGAGGGACACCCACUUUUCCAGCCUAGGACCCCUGGCUUCGCCUAACACCAGCCCCUGACCCAGCCCAAGUCCAGAUGUUUACAGGGAGCCUCCUGCCUGCUCCUCAAACCAUCCCCCGCCCAACAAGCCACUCGGAGGCCCCAAAGGAAAAAGCACAAGAAGCGUGAGAUGUCACCAUUCCCGGAGACCACAGUCCACCUGCUUAUCUCGUAGCUUUUUAAAAAAAUUAAGUCAAGAGGGAGAAAAGAAAAAAAAAAAAAAAAAGAAAACUGCAAACCUAGAAAACUUUUUAGAGGAAAACUAUUUAAAACUGUCAGAUCCUGACCAGCGCCCACCCAGCCCCCUUCCUGUGAUUCUGUGCCUUGAGUGUGUCUGCGUGUUUACACCCAUCCCUCUGCUGGUUGCCCCCCUGUGUGGGCAGUGCCCUUGCCCUGCCCUCCACAGAAUUGGGUUCCAAGGGCUGUUCCAGACAACUGCCAAUGUCACUGAGGGCCCCGCUCCAGCGGCCCUGGGCCCUGGCUCCAUUAACCUAAAUGUAGCUCCUUAGCGCUAACCUAGGAACCGCCGCUGCCUGCUGAGGGGCCCUGCCCCUCAUGCCCUCGCCCCAGGCCCGGGUCCUUCAGCGUUGAACACUUCCUUGCUUUUUUCACAUGUUUUAUGGAAUUGUUCACCUGGUUUGAAAUAAUAAAAUGUAGAAAGAAAAAA